UGUUAACGAAAUAAGGUGGAUAAACGAAGAAACUCGCGUUGGAUGUUGAUCAAAGUAGCCGGUGAAAAAGAUCGAUUGAAUCCUGAUAAUUGUCAAAUUCGUUGUUUUUAGCGUAAUGCCGCCACGACGAAAAUGCAUUUUCAACGCGGACUUGCAAAACCAAUAUAGCUUUAUAACUAAAACCAAUAACACAAGCGAAGUGAAGUGUUUGAAGUGCCAAGCGAUAUUUUCCAUAGCUAAUGGCGGCAAACUCGACAUUCAACAACACUUAGCGACGAACAAACAUAAAAAAGCCAAUAUUGCGCUGUCGUCCAGCAAAACAAUAUCAAAUUUUUUUCAUAAGGAGGUAAUUGAUAGCAACGGAAAGAAAGUAGGCAUCAACGAAGGCACAUGGGCGUUUCAUACGGUGAAACACAACCACUCUUUUCGCUCAAACGAUUGCACUUCGAAACUAAUAAAACGUUGCUUCGAUGACAAAUAUUCUUGCGCUCGCACAAAAUCUGAAUCUAUAAUCUGUAACGUCCUGGCCCCAAAUUCCAUUCAGCAAACGAAAACCGAUUUGUGCGUAACAGACUUCGUCACAGUGUACGUAGAUUGUUCAAAUCAUGGAAGCACAAAACUAUAUCCAAUACUUGUCCGCUAUUUUGCGCCACACAAAGGGAUUCAAGUAAAAAUAUUAGAGGUCAGUGACCUGCCAGGUGAAUCGUCUGACAUCUUGACGAAAUAUAUGUAUGGUCUUUUAAAAAAAUUUGACAUAAAUGAAAAACUGCUUGCUAUUUGUGCAGAUAAUACGAAUUGUAAUUUUGGGGGCGCCAGAAGACUAGGCAAAAAUAAUUGGUACUGUAAACUUCAGGCAUCUAUUGGAAAGCCGCUUAUUGGAAUAAACUGUGCUGCUCACGUUUUGAAUAAUUGUAUUCAAACAUCCAUCGAAUGUCUUCCAAUAGAUGUCGAAGUAAUAGUCGUAAAAAUAUAUUCCUUUUUUUAUAUUUACACAGUUCGCGUAGAAGAAUUAAAAGAAAUUUGCGAUACAGUUGAUAUAGAAUAUAGGAAAUUAAUGGGAUUUAGCAAGACUAGAUGGCUUACUCUGAAACCCGCUAUAGAAAGAAUUUUAAAACUUUUUAAGCCAUUAAAAAUAUACUUUUUAUCGCAAGAAAAAUGUCCAACCAUUUUGAAACAGUUUUUCAUUGACCAUUGCUCUGAAGUCUGGCUUUUUUUUGCACAUUGCCAGGCAACCCUUUUCCAUAAUUAUAUUGUACAAAUUGAGUCGCAGAUGAUAUGCAUGGCAGAAGUAUCAAUGAUGAUAAAGGAUCUGAAGUUUAAAAUCACGCAGCGAAAAGAUGAGGAGUUUUUGCCUUUAGUCGUUAAGAAAAUUAUCAGAGAAUCAAAUGAAUUGAAUUUAGAUAACACCAAUGUACAUGCGGGCAAUUUUUAUAAUAGUUGUAUUAAUUAUUUGAAUCAAUGGGACAAAGCAUUCGUAGAAGUUGAAGUUUUAGGGUGGGUUCUUCUCCGCUCAGUGCCUUCUUGGGACCAAAUAGAAGCAAGUUGUACAUAUGUUAUGGAAAAGAGGAAUGAAAUAAUUAUAAAUGAUGGCGAACUGUUUGACGAAUUCACGUGUGUCAAAAGCUAUGUGACAUCGGACAUGAUUACAGAUUGGUCAGAUAACCAGGUGUUUGCAGCUGAGAGAUGGGUGGGCAUUUUUAAACAUUUUAAUGAAAAUGAUAUAUGUACCUUGUAAAAACAUUUUAAAAAUUGUUGGAUUCGCUUUAUGUUUGCCAGGUUCAAACGCCCCUACUGAAAGAGUAUUCUCUAUUUUAAACAACAUUUGGACUAAUGAAAAAACACAAAUUAAAAUAGAAACGAUUAAAGCAAUUUUAGUUACUAAGUGCAACUAUGAUCUCAGUUGUCUAGAGUUUAAAGACUACCUAAAAGCAAACGAUGCUUUAUUACAAAAAAUUCAUUCUUCUGAAAAAUACAGAAGGUAAUGAAAUGAUUCUAGUAUUUUUUUCUAACUGCAAAAAAAAAAAUCUAAGCUCGUAUGAAUUAGAAAUGGUUAU